GGGAGCUAUUGGCGGGCUAGCUUUGGGGUUGCCUGGGGCUCUGAAGCUAUUGGCGGGCUAGCUUUGGGGUCGCCUGGGGCUCUGCGGCCACAGAUUGAAGAUGGAAGAUCCCCAAGAGAUUUCUUCCACUGGUGGCUGUGAGAGUGAUAUAGUAACGGAAAAGUACGUGGUUGACUCCAAGGAAUGUGCUUCUCAUGUGCAGCUGGCUUGCAGUGCCCAGUUCUGUGCCUUCCCUUUGGAUGGAAAUCAGCUUUGCCUGUGGGGCUGCAGGGGUCCUUCACACCAGCUUUUAAUCCUACAAGGACAUCUGCAGUCAAUUACUGCUAUCGCUUUUGGAAAUCAAGAGACCCCGUCUCUCAUCUGUUCUGCGUCGCAGGAUUUUGUUAUGAUGUGGAACCUGGAGGAGUGCAGAGAAAAGAUAAUUCAAGGGAUGCUUCCUCGAGGGACUGUUAUGAGCACCCUUCUGGGGAAAGUGCUGUGUUUGAGAUUCAGUCCAGACGAUCAUGUUAUUGCAGUCGGUUCUGGAAACACCGUAUUCACGCUGGAUGUCAAGGGUCAUUCUGUGCUGAUAGAGCUGAAGGGUCAUCAGGGCUCAGUGACUGCUGUGGAAUUUUGUCCUUGGCAAGCACAUAUGCUCAUCUCAUUGUCUGAAGACCAAAGCUUUAAGGUUUGGGACCAUUUCACGGGAUCAUUAAUAUUCAGUUCAUCCAUUUUAACAGCGUAUCCCCUCCUGAGUCUGCUCAUCGACGAGGAAAGCAAGCAGCUCGUUACUGGGUGUGCCGAUGGGCAGCUUUGGGUUUUCAGUUUGAUCGAAGGACAUCAUUACCGCCGUGUAGCCCGAGUGGACCUGAGGAAGAAAAGCGAGACUUUCAUCACCAGGAGGGUGAAGUCUGGAGUGCACGGCCUGCCAGUUGAUCAGUGGACCUGCUCAGCAGGAGCGAGUGAUCUGGACAUGGGGACACAGCCUGAAGCAAGCAGACCUGUCCUGAGCCUCUCACCCUGCCACCUCCUCCACAGGCUGAGUUCUGGAAGCAGAGGCCUGUCUUCUGAGAACACCAGAUGCCUGUGGGUGGGAAGCCCAACAGAGUUAUGCAUAUUUAACUUGGCAAACUGUGAAGUGGAAGCUGUUUUACGUUUCAAAGAUUUUAGGAGCCUCAGUGUUCAAGUUGCUGGCUCAUGUGCAGUGACGAGCGAAACUAUCAACCGGAAGGCAUAUUGCUUACUCACAUCCAUGUUUGAGAAUAAGAUAGCUGUGUUAGAAAUCAGCCCUGCCGUGCUGUGGAGGUCUCAACAGUGUCUCGGCCCUGGGGAAGCUCUCUCCGUGCUAGCAAGCUCCUGUGUCCUACCAACUUCUCCACUGUACUUUGGAACUGUUAAGGUGAAACGUACUAAACCCGCUACCCAAAAACAACCUGCAGUUGUGCAGAGAGUCACAGAGGACAGACCUGUGGUUUUCCACACUAAAGUCAGGUCAUCUGGAUAUGCACUGGCACCACAUUUAACUAUGUUUUCACCAAAGACUAACAUCAAGAAUGAUGGUAGAAGAUCUUUAAAAUGCAAGAACAGUUCUAAACGUGAGGAAUAUCCUUUGGAGAAUUCUCUACCAAGCAGACUGAGCAAGCAGGUGGCCAUGGCCCAAGAGCCAGCUGCCGUGAGCUGCAUCCAGUUCUCAGGAAAUGGACAGUGGUUAGCCUGUGGUUUAGCCAACCAUCUCUCCUUGGUUUUGGAUGCCAGUCUUAGUGGAACACCUGCUGCUUUUUCAGGUCAUGACGGAGCUGUGAGCUCCAUCUGCUGGAGCCAUGACGGGAGGUGGCUGCUCUCUGCUGCCCGGGACUGGACUCUGAGGGUGUGGUCAGUUCGCAGGAAGGAAAUCAUGCUGCUUCUGGGCAGAGAAGCACUUCCUCAGCCUGUGCAGGUUGCCCAGUUCUACUACAUGGACACCUUUAUCCUGUUGUCCUCUGGUCCGGAGCUGUGGCUGCUGAAGUAUCACCUUGACACUUGCAAGGAUGAGCUGAAAAGGUAUAAACUGAAGAGCAGUUAUAAGCUCAUUUACAGGGCCUCUCUGUCAAACACAGCUGAUGUGACCAGUUUAUCGGCAGUGAACGACUUCUAUUCCUACAUUGUACUCACAGCUGGCCGGGACAGGACUUUGGAAAUUUUUGACUUCAAUGCUGGCUGCAGUGCUGCAGUGGUAGCAGAAGCCCACUCACGGCCUGUCCAUCAAAUUUGUCAAAAUACGCUCGUUCUCAACUUGAGUAGAACAGACCUGCUGGAAGGUUGUGCUGCCCGCGUGUCACCGUCAGUGAGACUGUCCGGGUCUGUGUGUUCACAGUGUGCGCCUCCCGCAGUGCAGCCUUUAGGAUCAUCAUUUACAACUCAACCAUCCCAGGCGUACAAUCUCUUCCUGACGGCAGCCAUUGGUGAUGGGGUCGGGCUGUGGGACUUGAGGACUCUGAGCAGGUGUGAGCGUCGGUUCCAAGGACACCCGAACCGCUGCUACCCGUGUGGAGUGGCCCUCAGUCCGUGUGGCCAGUUCAUGGCUUGUGGAGCAGAGGACAGACAUGCCUACCUGUAUGAGCUGGGCUCCAGUACUUUCUACCAGCGGCUGGCAGGGCACACAGACACCAUCACCACGGUGGCCUUCAACCCAGCGGCUCCCCAGCUCGUCACAGCCACGCUGGAUGGGAAACUCCAGCUGUUCCUGCCUGAGUAACCGCUGCCCUGCUGGUACCAGGAUCGGGGGCCACAGUGUGGUGACAGUGAAGGGCCAUAGCCACCUCCGGACAGAGCGUGGUGGGUUCGCCUUGUUGGAUUCCCUUCCCACGGGCCCUUCUGCCCUGUGUGUGCCACACUCAGCCAGUGAGUGUUCCCUUCCCUCGAGGGUCCUUCCCUGGGAGAGCAGGAAUGGCACCCCGUGCUUUUGCACAGACUGGAGAGAAGUUAAAGCAGAAUAUUCUUCAAUAAAAAAUAAACUAGU